AUGGCACACCUACCGUAUUCGACUUCGCAAACUGGUCUGGUCUAUGACGUUCGCAUGCGCUUCCAUGUUGAGGUACGCCCCGAGGUCAACCAAGGAGUACACCCGGAAGAUCCUAGACGAAUUUAUGCCAUCUACAAGGAAUUGGUUGAUGCAGGUUUGGUUGACGAUCCCAACACGGUCAGUCUGGCGCCGUCUGUCCUUGCAAGAAUUCCAGCCAGAUUCGUGACAAAGAAAGAGGUUUGCGCUGUGCACAGUGAGAGAGUAUGGGACUUGGUCAUCAGCCUCGAGCAUUGGGAUAACGACCUUCUCCACGAAGCGGGCUCCAACAUGGACAGCAUCUACCUUUCGAAGAACACUCCCAUGUGUGCAAGGCUGUCAGCUGGAGGUGCCAUAGAAGCAUGUCGAGGAAUCCUCAAUGGCCAUGUCAAGAACGCCAUUGCAGUCAUCCGUCCACCAGGACACCACGCUGAGCAUAACGAGCCCAUGGGGUUCUGUCUCUUCAACAACGUACCUAUCGCAGUCAAAGCCUGUCAGAAGGAGUUUGGAGACGCGUGUCGUAAAGUUCUGAUCCUUGACUGGGACGUUCAUCACGGCAAUGGGGUACAGCAGGCCUUCUACAAGGACCCCAAUGUGCUUUACAUCUCUUUGCAUGUCCACCAAGGAGGCAAAUUCUACCCUGCUGGACCUGCCGGAGAUCAUCUCCACUGUGGUGAAGGGCCCGGUGCUGGAAUGAACGUCAAUAUCCCAUGGAGAACAGCCGGCAUGAGGGAUGCUGACUACCUUCUCGCAUUUCAACGAAUCGUCAUGCCGAUUGCACAAGAUUUUAACCCAGACCUUGUGGUUGUCUCUGCUGGGUUCGAUGCUGCAGAGGGUGACAUGUUGGGCAAGUGCCAUGUCUCACCUGCAGGAUAUGGCCACAUGACCCGCAUGCUCAUGUCUCUAGCUGAUGGAAAGAUCGCCGUGUGUCUUGAAGGAGGAUACAACUUGAGGUCUAUCGCAAUCUCAGCCCUUGCAGUCACCCGCACACUGAUGGGCGAGCCACCUGGAAGAAUCGCUAAUGCGGUACCCACACCAUCCGGUGUAGACACGGUUGAGGAAGUACUCCGCCAACAAGCAAAAUACUGGCCGUGUCUGUUCCCCAGAAACCCAUCCGAAAGGACGAGGGAGCUGAAAGCUGAGAGAUUGCACGACAUUGUCAGGGACUAUCAAGCUGCAUGGCUCUGGGAAAACCUUGGAAUGUCAAGCCUCUUCAUUGCGCACAGCAAGGCAUCAAGAAGCUUCAAGAACCAAGUGUUGGCCACACCAAACCACGCCGAAGCUCGCCCGCUCCUAGUCAUCUUCCAUGACCCUCCAGAGCUCACUGGCGACACGGAUCCGAGAACUCGAGAGUUACAGCUACAUAACACUUGGCUGACUGAUUCUGUAAAGCAAUACCUGCAGUGGGCUGUCGACCAGGGAUUUGCUGUGAUCGACAUAAACAUUCCAAAGCAUCUCACAGAGGUUGACGACAACCAUGAAUACGCCGAAGAAGCAGAUGCACAGCAGAGAAUCGACGAAACUGAACUGCUCGCAAAGUACUUGUGGGAGAAUUACAUCGAAUUGAGUGAUGCAAGCCACAUGUUCUUGAUGGGAGUUGGUCAAGCCUACUCAAGCUUGAUCGGAUUCUUGAAGAAGAAUGAUAGGUGUAGAGAACGAGUCGACAAGAUCUUCGGCUUCAUAUCAGACUCGUGCGCCCUGCCAUCAUACAGAGCCACGACGGAUGACUUCUUGGACAGAUGGUACAAAGACAAAUCAAAGAUCUUUGUCGCCCAAAACCACUAUGUUUGGGAGAGACACAAGACGAAGGCUCCGUCGAGAAAGUGGGGUUCGUUGCAGAAGAGUGAUGGCAACGACAUGCAGGAGAUGCUUUCGCACCAUGUGAAGGAAGUCACCGGUAUUCUUGGUGUUGAGGUUGAGCACUGGCAAUCGGACGCACCCAUGGCGGGUGCGAGCGAGGGAGAGGCAUAG